UGUGCGUCUGUGCGCCUUUAAGAGCCGCGCUAUCCCGCUGCCCUCUGCACUAAAUCUCCAUCGAGGCUCUGAGAGGGCGACAGGGAUAAAAAAAAAAAAGAAAAGAAUAACAACAUUUAAAAAAAUAACAAAACCACAGGAAAGCCACGGCAAUGUCCGCCAGCUCCGCUUUCAACGACGAGAAGGGGGGCUCGUCCAGCGUCGGAGAGCCUGAAUAUGGUCACGACCCGGCGAGCGGAGGGAUUUUCUCGUCCGACUACAAAAGACAUGACGACUUGAAGGAGAUGCUGGACAGCAACAAAGACUCCCUGAAGCUGGAGGCGAUGAAGCGGAUCGUGGCUAUGAUCGCCCGAGGUAAAAACGCGUCGGAUCUCUUCCCCGCUGUGGUGAAGAACGUCGCCUGUAAAAACAUCGAGGUGAAGAAGCUCGUCUAUGUUUACCUGGUGCGUUACGCCGAGGAGCAGCAGGAUCUCGCUCUGCUCUCCAUCUCCACCUUUCAGCGAGGGUUGAAGGAUCCGAACCAGCUGAUCAGAGCCAGCGCUCUGCGAGUCCUCUCCAGCAUCCGAGUCACCAUCAUCGUCCCCAUAAUGAUGUUGGCCAUCAAAGAAGCCGCCUCUGAUAUGUCGCCGUACGUCAGGAAGACGGCCGCUCACGCGAUCCCCAAACUCUACAGUUUGGAUCCGGAACAGAAGGACCAGCUUAUUGAAGUUAUAGAGAAACUCCUCGCUGACAAAACCACGUUGGUGGCGGGGAGCGUUGUCAUGGCGUUCGAGGAGGUGUGUCCGGAGCGCAUCGACCUGAUCCACAAGAACUACAGGAAGCUGUGCAACCUCCUCAUCGACGUGGAGGAGUGGGGCCAGGUCGUCAUCAUCAACAUGCUGACCCGCUACGCCAGGACCCAGUUCCUCAACCCGAACAUGAACGAGUCCCUGCUGGAGGAAGGAAACGACAAGACCUUCUACGGCUCGGACGACGACGAGGACGAGGAGGAGGAAGAGGAGAAGAAGUCGGAGGCUCCCAUGCCGAAGAGGAAGCCGUACGUGAUGGAUCCAGACCAUCGGCUGCUGCUGAGGAACACCAAGCCGCUCCUGCAGAGCCGCAACGCAGCUGUGGUGAUGGCUGUGGCUCAGCUGUAUUUCCAUCUUGCCCCUAAAGUGGAGGUUGGGGUGAUUGCCAAGGCCCUGGUCCGUCUCCUGAGGAGCCACAGUGAAGUCCAGUAUGUCGUUCUUCAGAACGUGGCAAGCAUGACGAUUAAGAGACGGGGAAUGUUUGAACCGUACCUGAAGAGCUUCUACAUCCGGUCCACAGACCCAACGCAGAUUAAAGUCCUCAAGCUGGAGGUUCUCACCAAUCUGGCCAACGAGACGAACAUCUCCACCAUCCUCAGAGAGUUUCAGACUUACAUCAAAAGCAUGGAUAAAGACUUUGUGGCCGCCACGAUUCAAGCCAUCGGCCGCUGUGCCACAAACAUCGGCGAGGUGAGGGACACGUGUCUGAACGGCCUGGUGCAGCUGCUGUCCAACCGAGACGAGUUGGUGGUGGCGGAGUCGGUGGUGGUUAUUAAGAAGCUGCUGCAGAUGCAACCGGAGAAGCACAGCGACAUCAUAAAGCACAUGGCGAAACUAACCGACAACAUCCAGGUGCCGAUGGCGCGGGCCAGUAUCCUGUGGCUGAUCGGCGAAUACUGUGAGCACGUACCUAAGAUCGCCCCCGACGUCCUGAGGAAGAUGGCCAAGUCGUUCACUAACGAAGAGGACAUCGUCAAGCUUCAAAUCAUCAAUUUGGCCGCCAAGCUCUAUCUCACCAACUCCAAACAGACCAAACUGUUGACGCAGUACGUUCUCAACUUGGCCAAGUACGACCAGAACUACGACAUCCGCGAUCGGGCGCGCUUCAUUCGUCAGCUCAUCGUGCCCACGGAGAAGAGCGGCGCUCUGAGCAAGUACGCCAAGAAACUGUUCCUCGCCCUCAAACCCGCACCGGUGCUCGAGUCUCCAUUUAAAGACCGAGACCACUUCCAGUUGGGCUCCUUGUCCCACUUGCUGAAUGCCAAGGCUGGCGGCUACCAGGAGUUGCCCGACUGGCCCGAAGCCGCCCCAGACCCCUCCGUGCGCAACGUGGAGGUGCCCGAAUGGACCAAAUGCAGCAGCCGAGAGAAGAGGAAGGAGAAGAAGGUGGAGAAGCCCUUCUACUCCGACUCGGAGGGCGAGUCCGGGCCGACGGAGUCCGCUGACAGCGAGUCGGACUCGGCCAGCGGCUCGGAGAUCGGCAGCGGCGUCGUGGGCAGCGUUUCUGGAACGGCGAGCGAAGAGAGCGAGGAAGGCUCUGAGUCUGAGGAAGAGGAGGAGGAGGAGGAAGAAGACGAGAAGGACAAGAAGAUGACGAUGAAGAAAGAAUUAAAGAAGCCGGUGCAAGAAAGCGAAAGCGAGCAGAGCAGUGAGGAAGAAGAGGAGAGGAAGCACGAGAGGAAGAAGAGUAAAGCGCGCAAGAGCGACUCCGAGUCUGAAUCCGACGAGGACGAAGACAGCGAGUCUGAGAGCAGCCAAUCGGAGUCUGAAGACUCCGAGUCUGAGGCGGAAGUCAAGAAGAAAAAAAAGGCAGCUCAGUCCAAACCUCCUUCUAAGCCGGUCAAGAAAGAGAGCAAGAAAGAAAUGUCUCUGCUCGACCUCGACGAUUUCGAACCUGCUCCGUCUCCUCAAGUCACGCCUCUCAACAGCUUCCUGUCCAACAGCCUCGCCACCGACCUGGAGGGUCUGUCUUUGUCUGACGCCGUCCUCUCUCCGGCAACCCUUUCUCCCUGCAGCGCGCUGAAGAGCUACGAGCUGCUGCACCGGAUCCGAGGGGAGGGUCUGUCGGUGGAGUACUGCUUCAGCCGACAGCCGUUCAGCCCCGACGCCAACAUGGUGGCCGUGCAGAUGCAGUUCACCAACAACGCCACCUCCGAAACCAAGAACCUGCACAUGGAGGAAGUGAAGCUGCAGUCCGGGAUGAGGGUCAAAGAGUUUCCGGAGAUCGAGCUGCUGCCAGCAGGCGAGACGGCCACAGCGGUGAUGGGCAUCGAUUUCUGUGACUCAACGCAAGCAGCAAAUUUCCAGCUGUGCACUCACACCAGGAAAUUCUUCGUGUCGAUUCAGCCGCCGGUCGGGGAGCUGAUGAGGCCCGUCUUCCUGACGGAAAACGAGUUUAAAAAGGAGCAAGGUCAGCUGAUGGGCAUGAACGAGCUCUCGGAGAAGCUGACCCUGGACGCAGAGUGUCGGAACGAGCACGCCAUCGUCCAGAGGGUGACCGCCGCCGCCAACCUCAGCCGAGUGCCCUGCGGUUCGGACAGGGAGUGCAGGUUCGCGGGCCGGACGGUGACCAGCGGCAGCCUGGUCUUGGCCACCGUGGCGACCAAAGAGGAAGCGGCCGCCCAGCUGACGGUCAACUGUGAGAAAAUGGUGAUCGGCACGAUGCUGGUGAAGGACGUCCUCCUGGCUCUGACGCAGUGACGCCCCCCCCCCUCUCACCUUGACCCGCCUCUCGCAUAUCGUCCAUCACACGUGUAGCACUCUCCUCCGUUCUCCUGUUAGCGACCGAUACUUUCAGAAAUGACUCCUACACCCACUGAACGCCGCAGCUGUGCGUUGUGUUUACGACAAUCAGACGUGAAUCCCUCGCUCCCCUUUUUUUAAGUUGCUUACAUGUCGUUACCCAAAAAAAAAUACUUAAUUUUCCUUCCACGAGGAGCCAAUUGGAUUUAUUUGAAUGAGAUUUUGUGCAGCUUUUUAAACCUCAUAUCCACUUGAAAUGAAAAGUGGCGCGUGCAUCGACUCCUCGGGGGGUAAAAUAAAUGAACAUGAGCAAAACGCAAAGUCGGCUUACGCAUUGUUUUCUAAGCUUUCCGCCGCGUCUCGUGGCAGAUUGCAGUCGCUCUCUCGACGUGAACUGAGACUGAGUGAAUAAACGAAAGGCGAGUUUAUUUGGAUUCAAAGUGAU